AUGUCGACUUGUCCCUUACCAAUCCAAAUUCAGGAUGAGAAAGAUUGGGAGACCUUCGCCACAGCCAAUCAAGUCCAAGGGGUCAGUAUAUACCGACUUCUGAACUACAAGUCCGCAUCCAAGAUCGGAGCGCCUCAGUACCUUGCUCUGAGAGCGCUAUGGAGGUUCGAAGGUGCGCCCGCGUUCAAACCGCAGGAUUGGGGCAUCGAGGGGGUGAAAGCUGCCAAAGAGCUGUUGGGCCAACUUCAAAAGUGGGAAGCCUUCCUGCAAGCGGUCCCCCGUCUGGUGCCCCUGAACAGCAUUCUCCCCAUCCAGAGCGACCUGGGCAAAUUUGAGCUGAUAUGGUACUAUGGUCAACUCAUUCGUGGUUCCCCGGGCACAUCAGCACCCGAUAACGAUGACAAUCUGGACUUUGCUCCGAUUUCGCAAAGGACGAGGUCACAGACAUGGCGGCUGGACAGCCUGCACAUCCCGACUGAUCCAGGCCAUAACAUUCUCAAGAGGCGUUUCGCAAAGAUGCUCGAGGAAGCAGAAGCCCAAGAGCCACCCGUCACCCCGCCAACUACUUACACCCCUGGACCCGCCAAAGGAGAAGCCCCAGCUCUGCCAGUAUCUCCGUCAAAGCUUCCCUCCCCGGAGACCCCGGAAGAUGACUUGGACCUCGAUCCUACCUACGAAGAUGAUGAAGAGGACACGUUCCCCCCGGUUUCAGAUGAGAACAUUGUCAACUCAUACUUGGCUGGGUUUGCAAGUCUAGUGACCAUGACAGUCCCGGGAGUCCAGGCGCACUGGUCUCAGCAGCGAAAGGGGUUCAAAGUAAGCAACCGGGGUAACAAGUUAUACGAGGCACGCACCGACGGGCAUUUGUUCCUGGCUAAAAGCGAACGCACCAAAGCCAUCAUCGAGGUAAAGCCAAUGAUCCACGCAGAACCCAAUGAAAUAGCGGGUGACGCUUCAAAAAACAAAAGAUUCCUGCGGCUACUGUUCUCCAUGAAUCGACAUGAGAUCUAUCUCAUCAUUACCGAGUACAAUGCGGAUUACGUGGACUAUCUCAUCAACCCGGAUCGCAACUCCGACUAUCAGUCAUUCCUGACGAUGAAUCAGUUUGGGCCUUGGGAUAUUGCAACUACUAAGGAUGUUGAGAACAUCGGCUCGCUGAUUUUGGCGGUGACUCUGCAGUUUAGUAGAGGACUUCCAGUUGGUCGGCCGCCUCGUCCGGUGUCAGACUAG